AUGAGCAUCGAUACACAACCUCAGGUUGUCCCACCGGCUCCAACUUCAACUUCAACCUCAUCCACUGCUCCUAUCCCCAAAUCAGGAGAUACCUCUAAAGAGAAAGAUCCAGACUCAGAGACACGAGUUAUAUCACCCACCCCAACCACAGAUCAAGACAAAGAAAAGGCAACAGAAGACCCGAAACCAUCAGCUUACAAUCCAACAACCCUUCUAACAACUCUCCUCUCCCCAUUCACCUUCUCAUCAACACCCUCAUCCUCAUCCUCACUCUCACCUGCACCUCCACCCCCAGAACCAUACUACACCCCAGCAGAAACCCCCCUUUUCAAAACCCUCCAAAGGCGCCGCCUCACGCGCACACGCGAGAAACAACUCCUCCGCGCUGCAGAGCGUGACUAUAAUGAUCCGCCUCCGCCGCCUGGGCUUGGUGAUUGUUGUGGGAGUUCUUGUGAUCCUUGUGUGAGGGAUUUGUGGGGGGAGGAGAUUGGGGUUUGGAGGGGGAGGUGGGGGGAUCGGGGUGUUGAAAGUGCUGAGAAUGAGAAAGGGGAAGACAAGUUGAAGGGUGCAGGCUAUAAGAAUGGAAAUAGGGAAGGAAAUGAUGUGAAGGUUAAAGUGAAUGGAAACGGGAAUAAAGGGAGGAAGGAUUUGGAGUGGUGA